GCCCGUUAGUUGUCUUGCCUCUGAGCGCAGAGAACCACACGCACAAACUGAGCUGUGGCGGCGAUGCGAGGCAUCCGGAACCUGCAGAAGCCCGGAGACGGCCUGGCUAUUUCUCACUGAGCGAUUCGUGCAGGGCAUGGUUGGCGUGGUGACAGGAGGGGCAUCAGGCCUGGGCCAGGCCACCAUCCGAAGACUGGUCAAACAUGGGGCCCAGGCCGUCAUCAUGGACUUGCCCCACUCAUCUGGUGAAGCCCUGGCAAAGGAGCUGGGGGCUUCUUGUGCCUUCACCCCCACCGAUGUAACCUCUGAAGCAGAUGUACAGAGGGCCCUGACCUUGGCCAGGGAGAAAUUUGGCCGGGUGGACAUUGCCGUUAAUUGUGCUGGCAUAGCUGUGGCCUCCAAGACUUACAACUUCAAGAACAGUCAGGCACAUUCCCUGGAGGCCUUCCAGAAGGUGAUCCAGGUAAACCUAAUUGGCACCUUCAAUGUGAUCCGACUCGCUGCUGGGGAGAUGGCCAAGAAUGAGCCUGAUGAGGAUGGACACCGGGGUGUUAUCAUCAACACGGCCAGCGUGGCUGCCUUCGAGGGCCAGGUUGGCCAAAUUGCAUAUUCUGCGUCCAAGGGGGGCAUUGUGGGGAUGACUCUGCCUGCAGCCCGGGACCUAGCCCCCAUGGGGAUCCGGGUGGUCACCAUUGCUCCAGGCCUGUUUGAGACACCCCUCCUGUUGGGACUCCCUGAAAAGGUCCGCUCCUUCCUUGCCCGUCAAGUGCCCUUCCCCAACCGCCUGGGAGAUCCAGCAGAAUAUGCCCAUCUUGUGCAGACUAUCGUAGAAAACCCCCUGCUCAAUGGUGAGGUGAUCCGUCUGGAUGGAGGUAUCCGCAUGCAGCCCUGAUGCUCGAAGCCUAGGCUCUGGGCGCCUACCCUGGCCUCUCUCAGACAACAGGGGCACCAGGGCCUCUGCCUUCAAUGCCUUCACCUCUGGUGCCUAAUAAAGGUCAUUUCUCUGGGCUCUGUGGGACAGCAGGGCUGGAGAGGAGCACGUGUUAGUGA